GAACACAUGCAACUAAACUUUUCUUCCUCACGGACACACUCAGUGAAACGAUCUGCUGCUGUGCUCCCACACAGCCAGAGAGGAUCCAUCCAGUCAGCUGUUAGGAAACUUUUUCUUUGGAAGUUGAAGACUUUGCACUAAAGUUGCUUUGUCUUUUUUUUUUUAUGGGAGAUCAUGAGCGCAUAUCGGAAUAAUGCCUAUGUCAUUCUUCUGUCACGUUUGAUCAAUCAGUCCCGAUGGAACCCUUUAAGUUAACGAGCACAGUAUUUAGUGCUGUGAUCGAUGAUAAUUAGUGAGGAAUCGUUGCUGAUUAUCGGAGGAGUGAGUAUUGAUCUCUCUGAGCUGACAUGGAUCUUCAGGUGAUUGUGUGGCUGUUCUACUGCAUUCUGCUGCCCACCACGCUGUUAACAGCUUGUCUUUUUCGCUACAAUGCCCUGUCAUUGGUUUACUUCCUCUACGUGCUGCUUCUGCCGUGGUUCCUGUGUCCCAACAAACACACUAUCAGAGGUCACACGGGCCGUUUCAUCAGAGCAGUAUUCUGUACAAGUCUACUGUUUGUACUGGCUCACAUCUGCUUCCAGACGGUACUCUACACCUAUCCUCCUCUCAACUUAGCCAUCGGAGAUAACUGCUCACAAUGGGACAGCAUAACCAGACAUAUAGGACUGUCCAGGCUUCUCUUGGAUGAUCCUUGGAGUGUGUCACGCCUCGUGUGUCCUGACCUGGGGGUCUGUGUGGUUGCCUUGGUAACCACAGUCCUCUGCAGCAGAUUGGUCAAGAACAGAGAAAUGGUGGCUGCUGCCAACAUUACAACACUAGAAGAUGAUCCACCAGACAAAACUACAGAAGAUGAAGAGGAGGCAGCGUCAGGAGAUGAAGAUGAAGAAGAGAGGUCAUCACCUGGUGACCCUGAUGAAGAAGUUUCAACAGCAACCAAAGCCAAGCAGCUGGCCGAGCGUCUGAAGGCCACUGCCCGGAGAGCUCUGAGGGACCUGGGGAGAAUCCUGGCCAUCAGCCUGCUGGCUUUAGCUGGCAUCACACAGCCCUCGGCCUUCUCAGCCAUCUACUUCCUGCUUUUCAUUGGCGUGUGCACAUGGUGGGCAUAUCACCUUCCCAUCAGUCACCUGGGUUUUAAUGCACUGUGUGUGAUGGUGGGCUUCUUCACUGCUGGUCACAUGGUUUGUCUGUACCUAUACCAGUGUCUGCUGGCCCAGGCCCUGUUCCCCCCACACAGUCUGUGGGCCAGGCUCUUUGGUCUGAAGGACAUCAUCAUACCAGGAAACUGCUCCUCGCCCUAUGACCUCAACUUAAAUGCUGAUCAUGACUGGCCGGUUUAUGUCAACCCAGGAAUACUGUUCUUCCUCUACAUUACCAUAACAACUGUUCUCAAGACAGGAUGUCAUGGAACACCUCACCAGGUAUCUGUUGAAGAGGAGCAGCUGGAGAAAAGGGAGGAAUCAAAGGAGGAGAUGGUGGAGUUAAGGACAUGGAAUCAACUAUCUAUGGGAACAGAGAGUAGCAGAGGAGGACCUGUAGCUGAAGAGAGUCAAACAGACCUGGGUGUUAGUGGAGCUCCCAGUGGCCAACAGAGCGAAAGUCCAUUUUUCCUGCUGGGAAGGGUGGUCAUGCAACAGAGCUAUGUCUGUGCCCUCAUUGCAAUGAUGGUUUGGAGCAUCACAUACCACAGCUGGCUGACCUUUGUGCUGCUUCUGUGGGCUUGUCUCAUUUGGAUCCUACGGGCCAGACGGCAUGCAGCCACACUGUGUUCUCCGUUCAUCCUGCUCUACGGCCUGGCUCUGUGUUGUCUGCAGUACAUCUGGGCCAUGGAGCUUCAACCUGAACUUCCCACCACUGUGGGAACCAUGAGCCUCAGACAGCUGGGACUAGAUAGAGCACAGUACCCCUGCCUAAGACUAGGAGCUAUGCUUCUGUUCACUUUAACCUUUUGGCUGUUGGUACGUCAGUCAGUGAAGGAAAACUUCAGCAGGAAGAGGAAAAUGACCAUACAACUACAGGAAGUCACUACAGGAGAAGAUGGGGCAGCUAAUGAAUCAGUGCUGAAGGUUCUGGGAGGAAUGGUGAUGAGCUGCUAUGCCAAAUACUGGAUCUACGUGUGUGGAGGGAUGUUCAUCAUGGUCUCCUUUGCUGGAAAACUAGUUGGAUACAAGAUCAUCUACAUGCUGCUGUUCUUACUCUGCCUGUGUCUCUAUCAGGUGUACUACCCUCUGUGGAGGCGUCUGUUGAAGCUCUUUUGGUGGCUUGUUGUGGCCUACACCAUGCUGGUGCUGAUCUCCAUAUACACUUACCAGUUUGAAGACUUCCCUGGAUACUGGAGAAACUUCACUGGUUUCACAGAAGAACAGCUGGCAGCGAUUGGUCUGGAGACGUUUGCCCUGUCUGAACUCUUCAGUAGUAUUCUGAUCCCUGGCUUCUUCCUGCUGGCCUGUAUUCUGCAGCUGCACUACUUCCACAAACCCUUCAUGAGAAUCACUGACCUGGAGCAUGUUACACCUAUACACAGGAAGAAAAACGGUGAGAAGACUGAGCUGACUGGCUCUAGUAAUGUGGCUGUGAACUCUGGAGAGGAAGACCUGGUGACAAACACAGAUGAUGAAUCUGAGGAUGAAGUGGAGUUGAUGCCCAGUAAAUGGGGUCUGGUGAUGGACAGGUUACUGGUUCUGUCCAGAAGGUUCUCUGACAAUCUCACCAAGGUUCAAGUGUUUCUCUGGAGGCUUCUGGAGCUCCAUAUACUAAAGAUGGUGUCCUUCUUCGCUGUGUGGGUUGCACUUGAGGAGCCAUCUGUGAUGAAUCUGGUCCUGGUGGUGUUGUGGUCUCUUGCAAUGCCAUACGGUCGCUUCAGGCCCAUGGCCUCCUGUCUGUCUACUGUCUGGGUGUGUGUCAUCAUAGUGUGUAAGAUGCUGUACCAGCUCAGUGUUGUCAACCCUGCUGAGUACUCCAGCAACUGUACCAUGCCUAUAACAAAUGAAACCAACCUGCUACGACAGGAAAUGAUGAACUCCUCUCUGUAUAAGAACCCAGUGGAUCCAGCCAAAUGGUUUGGCAUUAGGAAAGACGCCACUGUCCUGGGUUACAGCAAGAACCAUUUAAUAGUGCUGAUGUUGUUGGUGUUUGAGGCGACAGUGUAUCGACACCAGGCUCACCACUACCGUCAGCUCCAACGAUCUCCCCCAACCAUCCCUGCUCUGUUCCCUGCUGCCACCAGGGACACACUAGACCAGGGUUUAAUACCCUGCCUCAAGUACCUGCUCAACUACACCUUCUACAAGUUUGGAUUAGAGAUUUGCUUUCUGAUGACUGUGAAUGUGAUUGGCCAGCGGAUGAACUUCCCGGUGAUAAUCCAUGGCUGUUGGUUGGUAGCCAUCGUGGUGAGGCGCCGGCGGGCAGCUAUUGCCAAGAUCUGGCCAAAAUAUUGUCUCUUCCUGUCCGUCUUCAUGAUCUACCAGUAUAUACUGUGUGUGGGCAUGCCACCUGCUCUCUGUAUAGACUACCCAUGGAGAUGGAAGACUACAGUUUUGAUGAACUCGGCUCUCAUUAAAUGGAUCUAUCUGCCAGACUUCUACACUGUGCCUAACUCCAAAAACCUCAUAGCGGACUUUGUGCUGCUGAUGUGUGCGUCCCAGCAGUGGAAGGUGUUUGAGAACGAGCAGAUAGAGGAGUGGAUGGUAGUGGCAGGAGAAAACACAGACGACCCUGAACCAAUGGACGGUCGGUUGUUUAACCCUGCGCCCAACUUCAUCAACUGCAGGAGUUACCUGGACAUGGCUAAAGUUCUGGUGUUUCGUCACCUCUUCUGGUUUGUGCUGUCAGUGGUCUUCAUCACCGGGGCCACCAGGAUCUCUGUGUUUGGGUUGGGCUACCUUCUAGCUUGCUUCUUUUUCCUGCUGUUUGGGACCAGGCUAUUGGUCAAAAAAUCCAGGACCCGUCUCGUCCUGUGGGACUGUCUCAUCAUCUAUAAUGUGGCAGUCAUUAUAUCUAAAAACAUGUUAUCAAUCCUGGCAUGUGUGUUUGUGUUUGAGAUGCAGAAGAGCUUCUGUUGGGUGAUCCAACUCUUCAGUCUGGUUUGUACAGUCAAAGGAUACUAUGACCCGAAUGCAGUGAGUGACAGAACGUGUAGUCUCCCAGUAGAAGAAGCCGGGAUCAUCUGGGACAGUAUCUGUUUUCUCUUCCUGCUGUUGCAGAGGAGGGUCUUCCUCAGUUUUUACUUCCUGCAUGUGAGGGCAGAGCUGCAGGCUUCUGCCAAACAGGCCUCAAGGGGGUUUGAGCUCUUCAAAGCCAGUAUCAAGAAGAAUAUUAAGUUCCACCAACAAGCUGAGAAGAAAUCUCUGUCACAGCUCAAGAGAUCGAUGCAGAGAAUUCGCUCCAAGCAGCAGAAGUACCGAGACGGAACAAAAACAAGUCCAGAAUCAGAUGAGAGUCAGACUGCUGACACCGAUACAGACAAGAAAAUGUCUGGGAAGAAAAAGUGGUAUCAACCGUGGGCUGACCAUGCAACAGUGCUCCACUCAGGAGAGUACUACCUGUUUGAAUCAGACAGUGAGGAUGAAGAGGAGAUGCAGUCUGAAGAACAGAAGCCUCAGAAACAGACCGCCUGUCAGUUGGCGUACCAGGCGUGGGUGAGCAACGUGAAAACAGCUCUGAAAGAACGUCAGAAACGCCAGAGACAGUUAAGGAGGACUGAGAGGAAAAGAGAAAGUGUGGGGACCAAUGAUGUGUUUGAGGACCAUGUAAUCCAGGAGGAGGUGGAGGAGCCAGAGGAGAAGCAGUCUGGUCAUGGUGAGAUGGUCCAGAGGAUCUUGGAUAUCCUGCGCUUCUUAUGGGCCAUAGUUCUGGCCAUGGUGGAUGGACUAACUCAGUGGCUCAACCUGCUGACUAAACAGUACAGAGAGACAUCUACUGUUCUGUGCAAUGAACGCUACUUCAUCAUACACAAGAUACAGCAGCAGCAUAAUACAACAGCAGACUCCACAGAUGACCAGUUAUCUCAGGGCAGUGAGAGUCCCACACUGGAGACCUGUUUGGAUGAGACUGACGCAGAAAACUCCACCAGAUACAGCUGCCUGGAGGUGGAUAGCAGCGGUGCAGCAGGUCGUUCUACCCCCAGGCCAAGGCUCAACAGCACUGAGAACCUCUUGAUUGAGGACCCCACACUCAGCAGCAUGGAGAUAGUACCAGACCCUUCCCAACAACAAAGCAGACAUUCCAGAACAGCCAGUGAGCUGCUGGGAGACAGGCAGUUCUUCAUUGAGGAACUGGAACAGAGCAGAGAGUUCUACAACACCCAGAGCCGUUUGCUGAAGCUGCUGUUUGCCAUGUACAACCUGCUGGCAGCCAACUCAGAGCUAGUUUGCUAUUUCAUCAUAGUGGUAAACAAUGGGGUCAGUGCCUCUGCGAUAUCACUGGUCCUGCCUAUAAUGGUGUUCCUGUGGGCUAUGUUGGCUGUCCCAAGACCAACCAAGAAGUUCUGGAUGACUGCUAUAGUAUACACAGAGGUGAUGGUGGUGGUAAAAUACCUUUUCCAGUUUGGAUUCUUCCCCUGGAACAGUGUUUAUGAGAUGACUCUAAAUGAAGACAAGCCUUAUUUCCCACCUCGUAUCCUGGGCCUGGAGAAGACUGACAACUACAUCAGAUAUGAUCUUCUUCAGCUGCUGGCUUUGUUCUUCCAUAGAUCACUGCUCAUGCGUUAUGGCCUGUGGGACCAUGAGGGCCCUCUGGAGGAGCAAAGUCCCUCACCACAGAGUUGUAAGGAUGAAGAAAAGAUGAAAGAAGGAGAUGAAGAUGGAGGGAAGAAAGAGAAGGAGGGCAGAAGCAGCUCAACAUCCACCCUGGAAAACCUGGAAGUGACUGAUUUGGACCAGCUUGAAAAGAAUAACGUGGACUCUGCUGAACCGAGCACCAGCUCUGCUGCUGCUAGUCCACAACCCUCUGCAGCUGAACCAGCACCGGCACAGGAUGGACAGGAAACUCUGCCUGCAGUGAAGGACAUGUCAGAUCCUCCCAGCAGGCUGGGGGUGGAUAAAAUAGAAGGAGACAAAGAGGAGGUCAUAGAGGAAGCCCCAAAGAAGAGCAGCUCCAUUCGCUUCCGCAGGAAGCCUAAACAACCCAAACAACAACGCAGCAAAGUAGACUCCACAUCUGAGACCGCAGAUUCUAGUAAAGAAGCAACAAAGAAGCAGAAAGGCAGGAGGAGGGAGGCAGCCAGUCAGAGACUGCUGGCUGCGGGACAAAAGAUCAAACAUGUGUGCAUCUCAGGUGUUGAGAGUGUGUACAGGCCGGCUCAGGGUUUCUUCAGGGAUAUUGUCCAUGCUGAGUACAGAGCUGCCACCGAUGUCUAUGCACUCAUGUUCCUGACUGAUGUCAUCGACUUCAUCAUCAUCAUCUUUGGCUUUUGGGCUUUUGGGAAACACAGUGCAGCAGCUGAUAUAGCCUCCAGCCUAUCAGAGGACCAGGUUCCUGAAGCCUUCCUGGUUAUGCUACUCAUCCAAUUCAGCACCAUGAUCAUUGAUAGAGCCUUGUACCUGCGCAAGGCUGUGCUGGGAAAACUCAUCUUUCAGGUGAUCCUCGUGUUUGGGAUCCACCUCUGGAUGUUCUUCAUCCUGCCUGCUGUCACUGAAAGGAUGUUCAAUCAGAACUUUGUGGCCCAGCUCUGGUACUUUGUCAAGUGUAUUUACUUUGGCCUGUCAGCCUAUCAGAUCCGCUGUGGAUACCCCACUCGCAUUCUUGGUAACUUCCUCACCAAGAAAUACAACCACCUCAACCUGUUCCUCUUCCAAGGGUUUCGCCUGGUGCCAUUCCUGGUGGAGCUGCGAGCAGUGAUGGACUGGGUUUGGACUGACACCACUCUGUCUCUGUCCAACUGGAUGUGUGUGGAGGACAUUUAUGCCAACAUCUUCAUCAUCAAAUGCAGCCGUGAGACAGAAAAGAAAUACCCACAGCCUAAAGGCCAAAAGAAGAAGAAGAUAGUGAAAUAUGGAAUGGGUGGACUCAUCAUCUUCUUCUUGAUCUGCAUCAUAUGGUUCCCCCUUCUCUUCAUUUCAUUGGUCAGAUCAGUGGUGGGUGUGGUCAACCACCCCAUUGACGUCACAGUGACUGUCAAGCUGGGAGGAUAUGAGCCCCUGUUCACCAUGAGUGUGCAGCAGCAGUCCAUCAAGCCCUUCACAGAGGCUAAAUAUAAUGCCCUCACCAAAGAGUUUGGAGACAAUGCGGUAGCCAUGCAGUUCAUCACUCUCUACAAUUAUGACGACAUUGUGACGGCCAUGAUCGAGGGCAGCUCUGGAUCAGUGUGGAGGAUCAGCCCCCCCAGCAGACAGGAAGUUAUUAAAGAGCUGCUUGGAAGCCCUGUUGACUUAACACUACGUUUAGCCUGGAACUUUCAAAGGGACCUGGGUAAAGGAGGCACUGUGGAACACACUUUUGAAAGACACUCUAUUGACCUGGAACCUGGGAACCCCGUCAGAGCAGAUCUGGCCUCACUACUGGUUGGCAAUCGCACUAAACCUGUUCUUAUUCCUAAUAUGUUUCCUAACUACAUCCGUGCCCCCAAUGGAGCUGAGGCCAAACCAGUCAGUCAACUAUCAGGUAAUGAAGAUGGUUACUUGAAUAUAACCCUGUCCCUGAAGAGUGACAGGACAUUGACCAGCAGUGGGAACCAGGAGUGGUGGGACAUUGCCAUCGCAGGCUGUAAACCCUCCUCAUGUGGGGUUCUACCCAUGGUCAUAUUCAAUGACAAAGUCAGUCCACCAAGCCUGGGCUUCCUGGCUGGAUACGGGAUCAUGGGUUUGUAUGUGUCUGUGGUCCUGGUCAUUGGAAAGUUUGUACGAGGCUUCUUCAGUGAGAUCUCCCACUCCAUUAUGUUUGAGGAGCUUCCCUGUGUGGACCGCAUCCUGAAGCUCUGCACAGACAUCUUCCUGGUGCGUGAGACAGGAGAGCUCGAGCUGGAAGAGGAACUUUAUUCCAAAGUGAUCUUCCUUUACCGAUCUCCAGAGACCAUGAUCAAAUGGACCAGAGACAUCCACAAUCAAGACAGAUAUUGACUGACUGACUGAUUAUUGUUUGUUGUAAUAGAAUACAGUGAAAUCUAAAGUAGACUGCAAAGAUGUGCAGGAACAGCACAUGAAAGGCUUCUUGAGAACACUCUUUACCAGAGUGAACAUUGACUUACGGCCAAGAAGACACAUGAAAGGAGAUGAACUCUAACUAACAUACUGUAUGAAGCGUCUCCUGUUGCUGGACGCAUUCUUCACAGCUGCAUGAGCACUUUCAUCAAAGCAUUUAAACUAUUGAGAGUGGAAAGACUGUUCCAGUGUGUGUGUUGACUGAAGGCAGCUGAAUGUCUGUCCUGUAGGAUUGAACACUACGCCCUAGGAAGGCAAAAAUUUGUUGAAUUGAGUUGUGUUUGUUAAUGGUCAGAGGUCGAAGGUCACACAGGAGACACUUUAUUACUGCUCAGCCACGAAUGAAGGAUGUGUGGCUAAAAAAAUGUAAACUGAUAGUAGGUUGAACCAGCUGCAGUUACUGUAUCAGUAUGCUGAUAGGUUUAAAAACAUGCGAUGCUGACAAUCAAACAGAAAUGUUUUUAAAAAUAAUUCAUUCAUUGUAACAAAAGUAACUCGUGGGCAGCAGCCAUGUUCAUUUUACAUCAUGAUUCUAGAUCUGAUUUUAAGCACCACUUUGGAUUAUUUUUCUCACUCAGAAAAAAAAAAAUCUGAGUUUGGACUUGAAAGUAAAAAGCAGCUCUUUCAGUUGCACUCCACCACAGGUCCCAGGUUGAGGGGCAGUGGAUAAGACAGGUUGAUGAGAGAACUGUUGGAUCACACUUCUUGAAGACAAGAAGACAGAAGACAAAUUGCCACUUUUAAGCAUAAAUUAUAAAUUGUUCCUUUAUUUAUAGUUCAUGACACCCUCAGACAAAUGUUUGAUUUAAAGGUUUCUUAAUAAAAUGUAGAGAAGGGAACUUUCAUGUUGAACCCCAAAAAGAAGGGUAAAAGUGCUUGUCUGUAAUAUGAAUGUGCAACCUAUAAGAAUUAAAACAAUCCUCUACAUUGAAAAGCCUUGUCCUAGAUUGUUCAGUAAAUUCACAGGUUAUAAAGAGAAGAUUGA